CAAAAGUAAUCAGUAUACAUUUGCUAAUCACCCAUUUAACAAUGUUCACUAAAGUAGUAGCUCUCUGCGCCUUCGUAGCUGUGGCCCAGGCUGGCCUCCUGGCCGCGCCCGCCCACUACUCCUCCGCCGCGGCGGUCUCUUCCCAGAGCAUCGUGCGCCACGACCAGCCCGCCCCCGUCGCCAAGCUCGCCGUGGCCGCCCCCGUGUACCACGCCGCCCCCGCCCCCGUCGCCUACCACGCCGCCCCCGCCGCCGUCACCUACCACGCCGCCCCCGCCCCCGUGGCCUACCACGCCGCCCCUGCCGUCGCCUACCACGCCGCUCCCGUCGCCAAGGUUCUGGCUCACGAGGAAAUCAAUAUGUUCUCAAAAUUGGUAGCCCUGUGCGCGUUGGUGGCGGUAUCCCAGGCCGGUCUCCUGCCUGCGGCGCCCGUGCACUACUCUCCUGCUGAAGCUGUGUCUUCGCAGAGCAUCGUCCGCCACGAACAACCCCAGGCCUACUCUACCAAGCUCGUGGCUGCUCCCGUCGCCUACCACUCAGCCCCUGUUGCCUACCACUCCGCCCCCGCCCACUACUCUUCUGCUGAAUCCGUCAGCUCCCAAAGCAUUGUUCGCCACGAGCAGCCCGCUAAGCUGGUGGCCGCCCCUGUGUACCACGCUGCCCCCGCCCCUGUCGCCUACCACGCCGCCCCCGCCCCUGUCACCUACCACGCCGCUGCCGCCCCGGUGUACCACGCCGCUCCCGUCACCAAAGUCGUAGCUGAGGAAAGCCACUACCCCAAAUACGAGUACACUUACUCCAUCGCUGACGGCCACACCGGCGACAACAAGUCCCACCAGGAGAUCCGCGAUGGUGACGCUGUGAAGGGCUCUUACUCCUUCCACGAGGCUGACGGCUCCAUCAGGACCGUGGAGUACACCGCCGACGACCACAACGGCUUCAACGCGGUCGUGCACAACACCGCCCCCACCGCCGCCCCUGUCGUGGUCAAGGCUGCCCCCGUCCAAUACUACCACCACUAAGUGUUCAUGUGCCAUCCCCAUAAUAAGGACUGAUUAAUUAUUUAUUAUGACUGUUUUAAUGAAUAAGCUCGAAUAAAUCUUUACUGAAAAAUA